UUUCGUUAUCUCUGACGCAACAGCUUCUGUAAGCAUGUUGUGGUGUGUGGAGGCACUUAGAAAAUGGGAUCAUGAAACAGAUAAUUUGUACCCCAUUUACUGUGGGAAAUGAGAGAAAUUCGUCGAAACUCCUGAGAGUAAAAAUGAGUUGACACUAUGAAGAAGUCUUACAACGCUGGUUCGGAUGUGAAGAACGAAAGCGCUGAUGUUAUAAAACGUCUUUACAGGACCGUUACGGAGGUAGCAAGGCAGCUGGAUGAUGGACGCAGCUUAGCAGAGGAGGUGGGUGAUUUGUUUACAUCAAGCCUACUGCUGAAGCAAAGCAGGCUGAAGGAAUUGUGCGAGAGAAUAAUAUUUGCACAGCCUUUGCAAUAUGGUCGCAAGACAGAAGAAUUGUUAUGGAGGAAAGGCUUUUAUGAGGUCAUCACUUCUGCCAAAAAAUUAACGCCAAAGGAAAAAUGGAGCCCAUCUGAUAGAGCAAAAAUUCUGAUGCAUUUGAGUUCUGCUACUGGAUACUAUCUACAUGUACUCUUCCGUUUGCAAGUAGAUUAUGACAUGGAUCUUCGGAGCAUAGUUGAUUUUCCAGCAAUAUUGGACAACACAUUACAUCUGCAAGGUACAAUGUCACCACCUCCUGAAAUCACAGCAGAAGCGAAAGAGUGGGCAAGACAGGCGGCACACCGUUGCCUCGUGUACUUGGGAGAUCUGAGUAGGUACAGUACCGAGCUGGAGCCUUGGCACUUGCAUCUGGAACUUCCGUCCAGAUAUUAUCUGCAGGCUUUAAUGGUACUACCUGGAAAUGGAAUGCCUCACAAUCAACUAGGAACUGUGGCAGGCACCAGGAACUAUUGUGUUGAUGCUGCUUACCACUACAUGCGUAGCAUAACAAGUGAACAGCCGUUUGAUGGUGCUGAUGGAAACUUACGUCGAAUAUUUGAUCGCAACUCAAAAUGGUUGGAAGCACAAGCAAACUGUAUUCCUUCUGGAGAACCAUCUUCAAAUGAUAUUGUCCAUCAGUUUGUAUCCAGAUUUCUUCUCCUUGUUGAUAUUUGGUUCUACAACAAAAAUUCAGUUCCUGACAUUCAUCAGCUAUGCCAUCAGACGUUGGUGGAUCUUCAGGCAUGUCUAUCUCAGCAGUCUCCUGAUGGAGAAUCUUGUACGUCUGCAGAAGAAGGGGAGGAAGAUGAGAAAAAUGAGACACCUGAUAAACGCAACAACCCCCGUGAGGACCAACAACAACAGAACCAUUUGUCAGAAACCAUCAUUUUUCAGUUGGUAGCAAUGUUGCUGAUAUGUGUGUCGAGAUUGCAAGUGAAUGAUUCACAGACCUUGUGUGGAAACCUGGUGGCAUUCACACUGGCUGUAUUCUCACAGCUGGUAGAACAGGUAGCGGUUCACAUAAAGGAGUCAGUGUUCAGCCUACCCCUGGCAAUGGCAGGAAAUCAGCAACUACCAUCAUCACAGGCUCAGGAAAAUGGAGAUGUACAACCUGCCAGCAGAAAGUCUGGAUACAGCCGACAUAUUGCCAAACUACGACGGCGACGUAGACGUUUACCUCUGAAUUCAGAAGACUCUGACCUUAGUGAUGGAGGAGAAUUUUUCUAUCCACUAUCUUCCAGCUCUGAUGAAGCAAACUCAGAAGGUGAAGAACCUAUUGUGCUGAGCUCUGAGGAAGAAGAAGAUGAAUCUGAUGAAACAUCCAGUAGUACUCAGGUGGGUACAAUUGAAGCUAAAGUUAACGGUUUGCCCCAGACGCAAGAACAGUGCCUAGGAAAGCCUGGAAAUGUCAGUUUGCACUCGGAUGUUACAAAUGAAAAACAUCUGCAGAAAAACGAACAAAAUAACAACAACAAUAAGCUGGAUGACAAAAAGGUGUCUGCUGAACAACCAAGUGCAACAACUGGGCAACAGUUGCAGAAUGGAGUCGGUGAAGGAAUUGGCAGUGGGGUAACUGAAAGAGCUCUGGAACCUGCCGACGUCUUGGAGCUUAUGGUCGGUGAAGGUCGGCUGCUUGAAGCCGUACAAGUCUUGGCUGACUGGCUGAAGUCUGAAUCCAAUGUGGAGACGCUACAGGCAUGUGGUAAAACUCGGCCCAGGACCUUACUGACACGCUUGGUCACUUUGCUCAACUUGCUACGCAUUGACCCUGUCAGGCUCAGUGCAGAGAGAGAAGUACUUCGAGGGGCACAAGAUCUGUACUUAAAGGUUCCUCUUCCAGAAGACAUGCAAUUACGUGGCCUGGGAGCCCUAAAAGAGGCUCAUGGAGCACUGGAUUGGGAUUACUUCCGUUGGCACUCAAUCAGCCCUAAGCAAGCAUCACUCCUGCGAGCAUAUAAACUGGCCAGUUUUGGCCGAUAUUUAGCAACAAUCCCAGAGACUGGAGUGAGUUACGAUUCAGCCUCUGGUCUCUUGCGAAUAUCAGCUGCAGAAGAUAUCAAUGAAGAAGGUGAACAACCAGACGUGGAAGAAGGGGUGGAUGUAAACAAUGUGACCGAGGCCGGCGAGGGCGACGGAGAGCAGGAUGGCGGCGGCGGGAGCGGCGGCCGCGGCCAGCAGCUGAUGAAGCAGAUGGGCCGGCUGUGGCUGAAGGCGGAGGUGCGCGAGCUGGAGACGCGCGUGCGCCGCCUGGGCCGCGGGCCGCGCCUCUCGCCCUACCUGGCCGUCGACUCGGCCGCGCUCACCCACCACCUGCCCAAGGUGCGCCACCUGGUCGCCGCCAGGCGCUUCAUCGUGCUCGUGCCCGCCAUCGUUGUCCAGGCUCUAGAUGAAAUGAAGCGUGAAGUGAGCCGAGCACGCGAAGCUAUUCGUUGGCUUGAGGCACAGUUCCAACGCGGCAACCGCUUUCUGCGUGCUCAACGACUGCACGAACGAUUGUCCCUUCCCCUGAUUAAGUAUCCACGUCGAAAGGAGCGUGAGGCUUGGCUGUUUUUUCAGGUUGUGGAAUGCUGUCAUUAUUUUAGCAAGCAGGCAGCUGCUGCUGGAGGUACAGGAGACAGUGGCCCAGAGCAAGCUCCUCUGGUCACUCUUUUGACAGGGGUUCCUCUCGAUGAACCAGCUACGUACAGCCCUAGGGGUGUGGCUGAGACUGCAGGGAUCAACAUUGAGUCAAUUGCUACUUUUUAUGCAAAAUGGAGAGCUUCAAACAAAGUACAACGAUGACAAGAGGUUCUUCAAGAAAGCUGCCACUCUUGUGCAUCUUGGAAAGGAUUUUUCUAUUCAAAGACAAUGUUAAGAAGCCAAAGUUCCAUGCUGUCAUUGUUUUUAUUGAGUGUACAGUAAUUAUUUUAGAUAAUUAUUCCAUUUUCUAGUAAAAUCUAUGUUUCUUUCAUGUUCUUUUCAUUUAUUUUUUUAUUAAAAUAUAAGAGUUAUGUAUUAUAAGGACAUGUGCCAUAUUAUAUUUCACUGUAUGAAUUGGAUCUUGUUUCAUAUACGUUGCUUUAACAGUUUGUUGAUUUCAUAACCAGACUUUAACAAUUUGGGACGUGUGAUAUGUAUGCAGUCAAAGCAACUCUCUUACUAUGCAUUUCAUUCUUCUUAAAAUGGUAUGAACAAGUGUAAUUCUUGCUAUUUGAAGUUAAAUUAAGGUCUUAUGCUAAUUUCUGACCAUGUUACAGUGAUUAUUUAUUUAUGUACAUUGUAAAAGACCAUAUGUUAUUGUACCUGUACUUAACAUUAGAAUACCUGAUUGGUAUUUAAUGUUUUAACAAUUACCGUCUUCCUUGAUACAUUUUGCUGCCAAUUAUGUAACUCAAGAUGAAAAUAUAUUGCUUUGACUGCAGCAUCAG